AUGUCCUUGUAUAAAAAUAACGUUUCCAAUGGUAAAAAAACAAAUUCAAACAAUUUUCUUCUUAAAAUGAUUGUUUUCAAAUCUCUAAUUUUUCUUUGCUGUACAAUUUUUGUAUCCAGCAUCGAAAUUAUAUCACAAGUUUCAAAUUUAACUAACGAUUGUUAUAUAACUCAGUACUCCCAAGUAGCUAAUGCACUUAGCAAAUGUACGAAUAUUGUUAUUGAUAGUCUCGUAGUACCGAGCGGUAUAACCCUAGAUUUGAAAUUGAAAGAUGGUGCAAUACUUGCUUUCAAAGGUACUACUACCUUCGAAGUUGGUUAUAAUGAUAUAACUUUGAUGACUAUAUCAGGAAACAAUAUAAAUGUUUUCGGCGAAUCAGGUUCUCUCAUACAUGGUCAAGGUGAAAAAUAUUGGGACGGUCAAGGUGGGUCUGGUGUUAAAAAACCAAAACUUUUCCAAAUACAUGACGUAAACCAUGCGGUUUUCAAAAACAUCAAUUUGAAAAAUUGCCCCUUAUUCUGCCUUUCAAUAGUUAAAGCCACUGAUCUAUCAAUAGAUGGAUUUAAAGCUGAUUGUUCGGAAGGAGAUAGCGGAUCGGCGCAUGUUGGUAGAAACACCGACGGUAUUGGUAUAUCUUGGUCAUCAAACGUACGUAUCAACAACGUUUUCAUACAUAAUCAGGACCAAUGUUUAUACGUCAACCAAGGUUCCAAUAUGGUAUUCACCAACAUCCACUGCGUUAAUUCGAAUGGUAUUUGCGCUACGGCAGGUUUCGCCGAGGAUAAUUACGAAGAAAACACCACCAAGAACAUCACUUUCCAUAAUUGCGUCAUGGAAGGCGGGCUUACGGGUGUACAAAUUAUCGCCAUGGCUAAUGGAGGACCAGGUGAAAUUAGCGACAUCACUUUCCAAAAUGUUAAACUCGUAGGGGUUCGUCAACAAGGUAUAUUCGUCGAAAUGGAUUAUGGUAACGCGGGUCACCUCAAUAACAACAUAGAAGUGAAAAAUUUGAAAAUGUCUCAGAUUUAUGGUACAGUGGCAGAUGGGGCUAGACAAAUUUACAUUAAAUGCGGAGCGAAAUGUCACGACUGGACCUUUUCCAACAUCAAUUUAACCGGCGGCGGUACCCCGAAUUCUUGCAACUACGUUCCUGCUGGGUUCUCGUGUUAAAUUUCAUUUUUUCAAUCAAUAAAAACGAAAUUUCAUUAUACAAAA